ACCAAACAAUUUAUACACAAAGCUCACUUUAAACUCGUAUCCAAAUGCCCUCCAUCGGUGUCCGUACCUCGAUGCAAUCCUACUUUCGUAGUGUCUGUGUUGUACCGUGUUUCUGUUGGCUGUUUCAGCUCACACACUUUUUCCCUACUCCGAAGAAUCUAUAGGUGCCGACUGUGUGACCGACGCGCCGCUCUCCGCGAGUGAAUUUCUCUGUUCUCUCCGGCGUAAUUGCCGAUCAGAGGUUCACCUUUGACCACCACAACCGCAAUCUAACUAUAAUUCAGACCGAACUCUUUCAAACUGGAAGGUGAGACUGGAACUAUGCCAAAGAUUGAGGUUACAGAUCUGGAUUUGCCCUCUGAGAACAUGUGUUCAAGGAAUAUUGGGGUCAACGUUGCAAGCUCAUCAGGGAGCAAUAUAAGAUUAUCCUUGCUGGGGAUGGGAUUCUCACCAUCUCUUGUUGACAAAGUAAUCGAAGAAAAGGGUGAAGACAAUAUUGACUUGUUACUGGAGACGCUUUUUGAAUAUUCUGCUCUUGGAAAACCAGGGUCAGAAUCAUCCGAUUCUCUAGAUGGCUUAUUUAGUGAGGUAAAGGAUGAAUUAGCUGCAGAUGGUCAUUCAGAAAUGGCUCUUGGUAAACCUUGUUCUAUAUCAUCAGAUUCUCUGGAUAGCAUGUUUGGUGAUGACAAGGAUACAAGCAGUUCCCACAAUUUUGCCACAGAUUUAUGUCAAAAAGAGGAGCCUGGUGUACGUGGAGUUAAUGAUGACAAAAAAGCAUCCUUGUUGAUGAUGAAUUUCUCUUUGGAUGAAAUUGAGUUUGCAAUUGAGAAGCUUGGCGAAGAUGCUCCAAUAAGUGAAUUAGUGGACUUCAUCUUUGCUGCUCAGAUAGCUGGAAGCUGUGAAAAAGAUACAGAUGAUCCAAAUCAUGGUGAUGAAGAAAGGAAAGAGCAUUUUCAGGAUAGUAACACUGAGGCCUUGUUUGGGACUAUGGACAAGACACUUCGUUUGCUUGAAAUGGGUUUCUCGGAGAAUGAAAUUUCAACGGUCAUUGAGAAAUAUGGUUCAGAAGUUCCUAUCUCUAUGCUUGCUGAUUCAAUUGUUGACAAAGACAAGUAUUCCUCUACCUCUUUCAGUAAUUGUCGGUCACACACUGGAAAAGAUUGUAGAUCUUUUGGUGGAGGGUUCGGCGAUGGUCUAAAUAACCAUUUCUUUGAUGAAUUGGCUGUAAAAACCGAGGAAUAUAGUCUGGAUGAUGUUUCUCAGUUUAGGGACACACACUUGGCUGAGAAGUAUAAAGGGAAAAGGCCAAAAGAAGAGUAUGUUGAUGAGUCAACGAUUCUGAAAAGGCCAAAAGAAGAGUAUUUCUAUGAGUCGAGCAGUUUGAAAAGGCCAAAAGAAGAGUAUGCGGAUGAGACAAGCAGUUUCCAUGGCCCGAGGUGGCCAGAUGCUAGAAAAGGGGAUGCUCAAUUCAGUAGCUUUAGGAGGCCUGCACCUCAAAGGGAGGUCAACCGUAAAGCAGGAAGGCCGGAUGCAUUCGGAUUGUCCAAACUGUCCAAGCCCAAGUCAUGCAGGAGUAUUGAUCAAAUGGUAGCUAAACUUCCGUAUUUCUUUUAUGGAAAUGUUAUGAAUUUAACUCAGGAGUGUUGGUUGAAAAUAUCACAGUUCUUGUAUGCCAUUGAACCAGAAUUUGUGAACACUCGGUUCUUCUCAGCCUUGAGCAGAAAGGAAGGCUACAUACACAAUCUUCCUACCGAAAAUAGAUUUCACAUUCUUCCAAAGCCACCGAUGACUAUUGAAGAAGCAAUACCAUGUACAAAGCAAUGGUGGCCUUCAUGGGAUACGAGGAAGCAGUUGAGCUGCAUCAGUUCUGAGACUAAUGGGAUUUCGCAACAAUGCGAUCGACUUGGAAAAAUAUUAGUUGAUUCUAAAGGGCUGCCCUCAGUAGAACAGCAAAAAGAUCUCCUCCACCAGUGCCGCACAUUGAAUCUUCUGUGGGUUGGCAAUACGAAACUGGAACCCAUUGAGCCAGAAGAUCUGGAGCGCAUUCUGGGCUACCCAUUGUAUCACACUGGAGCUGCUGAGCUUAGCCUAACAGAAAGACUUCAGUCACUGAAACACUGCUUCCAGACAGACACCUUGGGUUAUCAUCUAUCUGUUUUGAAGUCUUUAUUUCCCACAGGAUUGACAGUGUUAUCCAUCUACAGUGGAAUUGGUGGGGCAGAAGUUACUUUGCACCGGCUUGGCAUUCGUUUGAAAGCUGUUGUUUCAGUGGAGCCUUGUGAAAGAAAGAAGAAGAUUCUCAAGCGGUGGUGGCAUAAGUCUGAUCAAGCUGGGGAGUUGGUGCAGAUAGAAAACAUUCAGAAGCUAGUAAGUAACAAGCUUGACAGUCUGAUUAGCAAGUUUGGUGGUUUCGACUUUAUCAUUUGUCAGAACCCAUACACUUACUCUUCGAAAUCUUCUAAAAUGGUUAUGGAUGGUGACGGCCUCACAGGAACGGGUUUAGACUUCUCCUUGUUUUAUGAGUUUGUUCGUGUAUUGCAACGAGUGAGGAGUUUGAUGGACAAAAACAAGUGACAUUUUCGAAUCAUGUUUGUUGCAGUAUGUAUGUUUAAUAAAUUAGUGAAGCAUUUAAUUCCUGAGUUUGAGACUAUCACCCAGACACCAAUCAGUUUCACACAGGAUAUAAGUAGUUGCCACGGCCCCGUGGUUACCAUUAUGUGAAUAAAGCAAUUUGUUCAUGUGAUUUUUUUUUUUUAAAUUUAUUAUUAUUAUUAUUUUUGUUGCCUA